AUGACAUAUCCAAAACCGGUAGAUGACAGUGGUGAUGAUAUCCCGGGCCUCGUUGGCAAAAAGACAAUGAAGAAUUGGCUGAAAACACAGGAUCCUGACGUAGUAGGAUCAAGUGGUGAAAAUCCUGCCUUUACCACUACACCAUCUGCCAGCCGAAUCGGCUCACUACCACCACGUUCUCCACCAACUACUACAAAAUCAGAAGAUGAAGAAAUUUCCGAAUCAGAAAGCGACGAUAGUGACGAAGAGAGUGAGGAAGAGGAGAACGCUGACGAGUGCAGUUUCGACAAGCUGGCGAACAAGCAGUCAGGUUGGAUGUCCCACACGCAUUUCUAUAACUUCAGCGACUGGAAAAGCCGCACUGCACUAGGUGGCCGACUUAAAACAACGCCAUUACAAAAGAGAAAAUUGUCAAUAUGCGCCCUUGCAUUUGAAUAA